AUGCUUGUUAUGGGAUCUGUGAACACUGCCUUAACGGAGUUUACACCCAAGAGGGCAUCCAGUGGUGUUGCUCUGGCCAACUUUCUGCGCAACAUACUUUCCUGUACGGGUGCCAUUAUCACGCAGCCUCUGAUCGGCGCAGUCGGUGUUGGGUGGACAUGCUCGGCAGUUGCCAUAUUCGCAUUUGUGACGGGUAUUGCGGCCAUUUUAUCCCUUCGCAUGUGGGGACCACAGUGGCGAGUGGUCAUGGACCAAAGGUUAAAUGCUGCGAAAACUUGA